AUGUCGCGAACUAGAGUUCUGCUGGUCGGGGCUGCGGGCGAAACGGGCGGCUCCAUCGCGAACGGACUGCUGGAGAAUCCCGGCUUUGAAGUUCAUGCUCUCGUCCGUCCCCGGUCGGUUCAAAAGCCUGCCAUCGUAGCCCUCCAAGAGCGAGGUGUACAGAUUCGCAAGGGCGAUCUCAAGGGCCCUGAGGAGUCUCUCGCCGACGUGUUGACCGGAAUCGAUGUUGUUGUCAGCUGUGUCGGUCCUGCGGAACAGCAGGACCAAAUUCCUCUCGCUAAGGCUGCAAAGAGUGCUGGAGUUCAACGAUUCAUCCCAUGUGGCUUCAUCACUGUGGCACCACCUGGUGGAAUCAUGUGGUUGAGGGACGAGAAAGAAACAGUGUACAACCACAUCAAACAGCUCCGACUUCCUUACACCAUCAUUGACAUCGGUUGGUGGUACCAGCUUUCUUACCCCCGCCUCGGUUCCGGAAGGACCGACUAUGCCAUGACUACGGCGAACAACGAAAUAGUCGGUGAUGGCAACACACCUCUUGCCCUAACGGACCUUCGAGACAUUGGACGCUACGUCGCCAAGAUCAUUGUUGAUGACCGGACACUGAACAAGAUGGUUUUCGCCUACAACACGGUCCUGACACAGAAUCAGAUUUAUGACCUUCUGGAGGAGAUCAGCGAGGAAAAGAUCCAAAGGAAUUAUAUCCCUGAAGAGACUAUCUACACAAGGGUGCUUGCAGCUCGGCAGUCCAGUGAGACCUAUCCCUUCGAUCCUGUCAAGUUCAUUCCCCGAUACCUCGCCGAAAACCAACUGUCAUGGGGUGUCCGCGGCGACAACAAUCCUGAGUACGCCAAGUACUUGGGCUACUUGACUUCCAAGGACCUUUAUCCCGACUUCGCUCCUCACGACUUCCGGGAAUAUCUUGAGGAAGUUGUCCGAGGCACGGCCAAGGGUGUCUACACCGACCGGGUAAUCUCCAAGGCUCACCAACGGAUGUUCCCUCGGACCGAAUCGAGCGACUCGCUCUACACCCGGAUAUUCCCGAGAACGGAAUCUAGCGACUCCCUCUACAUGUCGAGGUAA